CUCGAUAUGUUCUCUAUAUAUAUUAUGCUGGCAACUCUACCUCUAAUUUAAGGUUAAGGCUGAACCACCUCAAAUAUGCCUAUUGGCAGCAAGAUGGUUUCAAUAUAAUAAUAAUACAUAUACCAAAGCAUAAAUCCCGUUAUGGAGCAUUAUGAGAAGCAGGAGAAGAUAGGUGAAGGCAGCUACGGCGUUGUCUAUAAGGCGCUGAAUCGCUUGACCGGCCAGCUUGUCGCCCUAAAGAACAUCAGACACAACGCUGGGGAGGAGGGCAUGCCGUCGACGGCUAUAAGAGAGAUAUCGCUGCUCAAGGAGCUGAAGCAUCCCAACAUAGUCAGGCUGCAUGAUGUCGUGAUGGUGGACUCCAGCAUAUACUUGAUACUCGAAUACCUAUCAAUGGACCUGCGACAGUAUAUCAACACGCUGCCAGCCAACCAACUGAUGGACCCGAAUCUGCUGUCCAGUUACCUUUUCCAGGUGACCAGCGCAAUACUCUACUGUCAUCGGCGACGGGUGAUGCAUCGGGACCUGACUCCGCAAAAUCUGCUGAUCGAUCAGUUUGGCCGAGUCAAGGUGGCUGACUUUGGUCUGGGCUGCUAUUUCCAGGUGCCAAUGCGCACGCUCACCCACGAGGUGGUCACACUCUGGUACCGGGCACCCGAGAUCCUGAUGGGUUGUCCACGCUACGCUUGUCCCGUGGACAUCUGGUCCAUUGGCUGCAUCUUCUUUGAGAUGGCAACGCGUAAGACCCUGUUCCAGGGCGACUCAGAGAUAGAUCAGCUCUUUCGCAUAUUCCGCAUGUUGGGCACCCCAAAUGAGGAUUCCUGGCCGGGCGUAUCCGCACUGCCCGACUACAAGAGCAGCUUUCCCAACUGGACAAACAAUAAGAUAGGCCAGCUGAGGGAAAGCCUGGGCUCUUUCGACUCGAGUGUCGACCUCUUGGCCAAGAUAAUCGUCUAUGAGCCAGCGAGACGUUUGUCAGCUGAGCAAAUUCUAGAACAUAAGUAUUUCAAGGAAAAUGCCAACAUCCUAAAGUCUCAAACUGUCAAUAAAAGUUUUUAAUAUAUUCGUGUGAUAUAAAAAUCUUUCUUGUAGCACGCGCGUGCUAAUCGGCUUUAUUAAGGGAUUUUUGUGCACGCGUGUAAAAUUAAUUUAAUUAUUUUCCGCUAUGCUUAAACCUCAUCUUCAUCUUCGUCUUCUUCACAAAAGCGGGAAACUGAACCAAAGUUAAGAGGCUAGACUUUUGCUUGGAUGCCCGAAGGGUCACAGAGCCCUCAAAUUUGAUCGGUGCACAGUGGGUCGAAGCAGUUGGAAAGCUGUGCUGGCACCUUGGUACACAGCACUGAUUAUACAACCAAUUAAUGCUUGCUCUUCGUUAAAUAUUAUUUUUCAAUUUUCUUUGAAGUAUUUUCGUCCUUUAGCCUAGGCUAUUUGUCCACUGUGCGAUUGAGUCAGGCGUUAAGAAAAACAAACACAAUGACUGAGUUUCAUGGAGUGGAAAUUAUAAUUGCCCUACAGCCAUCGCUGAAGGUACUCAACACAAGUCAACUCAAGUCGAAGGUUGACUCAUGGAUG